AUGGGGCUUUCGAAAGCCCUUCAACGCUUGAAGGUCUCAGUACGCCAUGGUGGCAGCAACGUGGACAAGGACCACGCCAAUGGUGGCCCAUCCGCGCAGACACCAGUGCCACCCAUCGAUGACAGCUCCUCCAUGACUGGGGCUUUCCCGAGCUCGGCCAAUAUCGCCGACCAGCGACUGUCGCAGUCUAAUUCAGGCCCGCUCCAAGGUACAGAAUCGGAAUCUUCCUGCGUGUCCGGUCCAACUUGCAUUUCAACGACUCAAGCCAACCCGGCGCUCUCUCAGACGACGCAGUUGCCAUCGGAAACCAUGCCGUCGCUAUGGAACCGCGCCUACGAAGCUCUUCGCGAAAAGGAGGUGCAGCUCGUGGAUCAAUACGAGGCGCUUCUCUCCAGAGAAUUGGUGGAGCAUACCACCAGUAUAGCCAGACUGCAGGAUAUACCUCACCACGAAGAGGACUUCAGUCAUCCUGAGAAUAGAAUCAAUACUCACCCUGACAAACGCCAGGCCCAACUCAAGAGCAUCACCGACCGGGGCAUGCAACGAGCGGACGAAAAGAAGACCAAAUACACUAUCUUCGGCCACGAUUUUGUUCUGAGGGACCAGAUCGCACAAGUAGCUCAAUUCACACAGGCUAUCAAAGGCCUCAUCAAUGAGGCUGUCAAGGUGUCCCCUGAGGCAUCGCUCGCCUGGGCCGGCGUCUGUGUCCUCCUGCCGGUGUUGACGAACCCGAGUGCGGCAGAAGAAGCCAAUCGUGACGGCUUGUCAUAUGUUACCUCUCGCAUCCGCUACUAUGUGGAGCUCGAACGUCUCCUAUGGCCGGAAACCAUACGCGGCUCGGCCCUGAAACCCGAAUUUGACAGCCAUAUUGUGGACCUAUAUGAACGCAUCCUCGAAUUUCAAAUCAAGAGCGUUCUGCGAUUCUACCGGACAUGGGUUGCCAAUAUAAGUCGGGAUGUGAUCCGCCACGAUGAAUGGGAGAAAAUGGUGUCCAAGAUAAAGGAACUAGAACAGAUCGUGCGGGAAGAAUCAAGUACUGUGAACACCAUUGCUUCACAGAAUACUCUAGAAGUCCUCAGCAAGGCGGCAGAACAGCAGUAUGGAAACAUGCGAUCCUUGUUAUCCAUCGCGGAGGAGCAGCUGGCGGAGCAAAGGCACACAAACCGAAUACUCGAGGAUCGCCCUAUAGACCUUCCAGUCGUCAACGAAGCGCGCUACGAUAGCGCCGAUGUUCAGGAUAGCCCAAGAUGUGUGCGCGGUACUCGAAGUCGCAUUCAGGAAACAAUCAGUCAGUGGGCAGACGAAGACUCCAGCGAACCUUUCUUCUGGCUUGUCGGCCCUGCAGGGACCGGCAAAUCCACCAUCGCACGCAGUGUUGUUGACUCUUUCUCCAGCGGGAAGCGAUUAGUUGCUGGAUACUUUUUCAAGAGAGGCGAGCAGAACCGCAAUGACACCUCUCGACUGUUUCCCACUCUUGCUAUGCAACUGGUUGACGCCAUUACUCCCUUCAAAAGCUGUCUUCAGAAGUCCUUAGACGGUCUCGAUAGGGACGCAGUGGAAAAGAAGGGGCUUGAAUUUCAGUUCGACAAGCUCCUAUGGCUCCCCUUGAUAGAGCUUCCUCCAGCCGGAACAAACCAAUUAUCCAAGGCAGUUAUAAUCGACGCCUUGGACGAGUGUGAACGCCCUGAGCACUUCUCGCGGAUCAUGACCUUACUGUCCAAGCUUCAUAAAAUCUCUUCAAUUCGCUUGCGAAUACUUCUCACAAGCAGACCCGACCCAAAGAUUAUCGACGCUUUUGAGUCUCUACUCAAGAACAAAACUGCUCGCAGACUUGAGUUACAUCGAGAAUUCUCUGAAGACACCAAGACCGACAUCCAAAUUUUCUUGAGCACGAAAUUCGCAGACAUACGAAGGAAGUGUAGGGUCCAACAAGACCCGUGGCCAACUGCUGAGGACUUGGACUGCCUGCUUCGACUGGCUACAAGCCCCGAGCCCCUAUUCAUCUAUGCUGCCACUCUUUGCCGAUUUGUCUACGACGAACAGCGCCCGAGAAAUCCAAAGAAUCAAUUGAAGCUGUGGCUCAAGCAGUGUGAAGACAACAAGUCUCAGCUUAAUCAGAUUUAUGAUCCUAUUCUCAGCCAGAUUUUCUAUGGUAAUGAGGAUGUGGAAUCUGGUCAGCAGCUGCAAUUCCUGGGCUCUCUUGUUCUUCUCGCUACUCCACUGCCGGCUAUGUCACUCGCUGGUCUCCUUGGCAUUGACAUAGACGAUGUCAACUGGUGGCUUCCGGAGUUGCACGCAGUAUUAGACAUCCCUCCUGAACCCCAAAGCCCUAUACGGCUGCUGCACAAGUCAUUCAGCGACUUUCUCCUCUACGCCGACGAUUCUCAUGCCAGCGUGUAUCGAGUGAACGCUUCAGAGACACACGCUCUGCUAGCGGCGAAAUGCAUUCAGCGUAUGACGGGAGCAUUGAAACGGGACAUCUGUGAUAUCCGAAGACUAGACGCGACUCGAGACGAAAUCGACAAGAACAUUAUAGAUCUUUGUAUACCUGCCGAUCUCAAGUACGCUUGCCUUCACUGGGUUUAUCACCUACAAGGCAGUGGACGAUCUCUCAACAAUUGUGUUUCCUCCUUCCUCUACGAACAUUUCCUUCACUGGCUAGAAAUCUUGUCACUUCUUGAACGCCUUGGAGACGCGAUUACUGCCGUUAUAUCGCUUCUAGAAUUAAGCAAGCACUUCUCUAACACCCCUGUGGAAUUUGUUGGGUUUGUGGAAGAUGCCAGCAAGGUCAUUUCAAAAUUUGGGUCGAUCAUUGAGCGCGCACCUCUUCAAAUUUACGGGACUCUGCUCCUAUUCUCUCCGGCGGCAAGCAAAGUGCACCAAAAGCUUUGGAGUCAACGCAUGCCGAGGCUUGGCCAUGUUCAGGGUGUGAAAUCUGACUGGGAUGCACACCUGCAAACGCUUGAGGGCCAUAGCGAACCCGUCACAGCAGUUGCGUUUUCGCCGGAUGGCAAGCUUCUAGCAUCAGCAUCAAGAGACCAUACGAUCCGACUGUGGAAUGCAUAUACUGGCACCCACCUGCAGACGCUUGAGGGCCACGACGAUGAUGUCAACACAAUCACCUUCUCACCCAACAACCAGAUCUUGGCGUCAGAAUCUAGCGACCAGACAAUCCGGAUCUGGGAUGUAACAACUGGUACGCGUGAGAAAACGUUUGACGUCGACGGGCAAUCCGCCGAAGCGAUUGCCUUUUCGCCAGAUGGCCUGUUUCUAGCAUUCGCAUCAUUAGGAGCUACUCAGAUCCGACUGUGGAACACGAAGACUGGCGCAGUCCUGGAAAAGACGUUGGAUGACUACGAAGCCUCCGUCUAUUAUGGUGCCUUCUCACCCGACUUCCAGCUUAUAGCAUUAGUCUUUACGGAUGACACAAUUAGGCUCUGGAAACUAGCAACUGGCGCGUACCAUUGCACGCUUAGGGGUCAUAGUGGCAUAAUAUGGACAGUUGCCUUCUCGCCAGACGGCCAGUUAAUAGCAGCAGAAUCAUCCGAUUAUACUAUUGGGGUUUGGAACACAGCGAAUGGUGAGCAGAAGCACAUUCUUAAGGGGCACACCGAAUCGGUCAACUCAGUUGCUUUCUCCCCAGAUGGCCAGCUUUUAGCAUCGUGUGGCGACAAUACGGUUCGGCUUUGGAGCGCAACAACUGGGUCGCACCUGACAACAUUUGCGGAUCCCUACUCUUCUGCUGUUACUUUCUCAGCAAACAGCCAGGUUAUUUCAUCGGGGUCAUAUGACGGUAGUGUCCGAAUGUGGGAUGCAAGAUUAUCUACACACCAAGAAUCUUUCGAUCACCAUAGCGAAAAUGUCCGCGCAGUCGUCUUCUCACCUGACGGCAAGCUUGUAGCAUCAGCGUCGCAGGACAAAACAGUCAAAGUCUGGGACGCAGUAACGGGGUUACACCUGAGGACCCUUGAGGGCCACAGGUAUCCGGUUUUCAGCGUCACUUUCUCACCCGACAGCAAACUUUUAGCAUCCGCGUCGAUCAACGGUACGGUCCGGAUUUGGAACGCGGGAAAUGGCACACACCAACAAACACUCGACGAUCAAAAUGGUCUAAUCCGGGCUGUCGCUUAUUCAACAGAUGGCCAAUUAGUAGCAAUGGUAUCCCUUGGUAACACCAUUCGGCUCCAUAACGCGAGAACCGGGGCCCACAUACAUACGCUCAAGGGCCAUAGCAGUCCAGUCGAUGAGAUCGUUUUCUCGCCUGAUAGUCGGAUCUUAGCGUCGCGGUCACGGGAGGAACCUAUCCGGCUUUGGAGUAUGAGAACAGGCACGUUCAUGUGGAUGCUCGAAGAUCAAGAAGACCACGUUUUUCAAAUCGCCUUCUCGCCCGACAGCCAGCUCAUUGCGUUUAUAUCUGAGGGCCACAUUGUUUACUGGAACGCGGUUACAGGUGCGCACCAGCAGACGCUGGAGGUGAGGGACGCCUGGCGAGUCGCCUUCUCUUACAAUAAUCAGCUUCUAGCGAUAUCAAUAAAUGACCUGGUCAAGGCAGAAAGGAUCGAUCUCUGGGACACAACGAUAGGUGAACACAGGCACACACUCCAGGGCCACAGGGGCACUGCUACGGACAUUGUCUUCUCACCCGACAGCCAGCUUGUCGCUGUAGUAUCACAAGAUAGGACUCUCCGGCUUUGGAACACAGUAACAUAUACCCACUUGCAUACACUCGAGAGCCCAAAUGAUGUUAUCACAACAAUCAAGUUUUCACCGGAUGGGCAAAUGAUAGCGUCAGCAUCACGAGACAAGACGGUCCGUCUCUGGGAUACAACAACGGGCUUACAACUACAGGUGAUGCAGUACGACAAAGGCUUUGUUAGAGAGAUCACCUUCUUUCCUAACGAGCUUGUACUGUCAGUAUCAAGUGACGAGUUAGACCGGUUCUGGAAUCUCUGGAACCCAAUGACGCUCGAAUUCCACAGAUACCCUAUCACAGCUGCUCAUGAACAAAACACUCCUGAUCCGCUCACCUAUGGGGUCAAUCUUAACGCGUAUGGAAAGUGGAUCAUGAAAGAUUCUGAAAAACUCGUGUGGCUUCCUCCGGAAUACCGACCUUCAACAUGGGCUAGAAGAGAGUCUACGAUCUUCAUUGGGUGUAGUUCAGGUCGACUUCUCAGAUAUGAAGCUGUUUGA